CAAAUUUCACAUGACACAGAACGCUUAUUGCUAAUGAUAUUCCAUUGUAGAUUUGGCACCCAAAGAAGCUUGUAGAGACCGGUACCAUCAACACAACACGUGGAAGGUGUGGCGCGACCCAGUGAUUGACGGUAUGUUGACAAGACGGAUGGUCUCACUGGCAAAUAGUCGUUGCAGACGUUGUAUGUUGUUUUAUGGUACCGAACAAGAUAACACUGGAUGCUGUAGAUACCACCCGGGAUUUAUAGGACGCACAUUACACUGGAGUUGCUGUGGAAGAACGGCUGAUACCGAUGGCAAUAAAUCACCAGCAGAUUUUAUUCUGAACACAGGAUGCUGUAUCGGUGACCAUCAAUGGAAAGCUACAAAAGAUAUGUCAGGGUCGGGGAAGUCUAAGCUUUGCCGAGUGAAUAAGAGCAAAGGAAACCAUUGGUGCAGAUACAUGUAGUAUGAUAGGUGCACCAUAUAAUGUUGCAAAGAACGAAACCAAGACUAUUAUGACCAG